AUGGGCUCGGGCGCGUCGACCGACAAGAAACCGCUCACCGAAGUAAGGCUAAAAAGCGAGGUCGGCGUCCUCUUCGACGACAAGGCGAAGCGAGCCUUCGAUGCGGCCGCGACCGAGGGCGCGGACGGGACGCGCACGGUGCCGUGGCCCACGAUAGAGGCCCACGCCAAGGAGCACGACGAGCGCGCGCUCGACCCGCGGAAAUGCAUGUUUCACAACCUGAAGGCAUUCAAGGCCGCGCGGGAGCAGAUCGACGAGAUCGCGCGCGAGCACAUCAAGGGCGAUGUGAAGAAGAUCCCCUGGGUGGGCAAGAAUUUAGGAGACGAGUGUCGCCAGUGCGGCCUCGACGGCGAGCCGGCCGCGUCGCUCGACGCGCUGUACGAGGUCGCCGCGCUGGCGAGGGUGCAGUUCGAGGAGAUCAUGACGGCCGCGUGCCCUGAAAGCGGUGUGAAGCUGAUGUUCGCGCCGCUGAAGGGCCGCGACCGCGCCGGCGCCAAGGCGCGCGACGAGUACGCGGACAAGACGGCGCCGUGCUACAGUUGGCUCUUCGAUAUUACGCGCGGCGCGGCCCUCUGUCAGACGGAGGACGCCAUCGUGCAGCUCUACGCAUCGCUCGAAGCCGACGACCGCGUUGAUAUCGUGCGGACGAAGAACCGGUUCGCGCCGCCGCUCUUCAACGGCUAUCAGGAUAUUUUGAUGAACGUCGCCGUGAAAGUUGAGAAGGUGUCGCACAUGUGCGAGCUGCAAAUUCAUCUCAUGCCGAUCAAAGAGUCGGAGGCGCUGCACCAGAGCCACACGGUCUACGAGUACUUCCGGUCGUUUUUCUUGGGCAAUUCAGACGCCGUCGCGCAGCGGCUCGAGAUGCUGUGCAAAUUGCCCGUCGACGAGGCGAAAGAUGUGGAGGAGUUGGUGGACCAUGUGCUUGGGUCCGAGGCGGACGCGAAUUUGUUGGAUGGGCUCUGCGAGUUGCUCAAGUCAAUCCAGGAGUUCGCGGGCGUCGUGAAGGUCCGGGAAGCUAUCUUGGCGGAGCAGGAGCGCGCGUUCGGCGCGGAUAGCAAGGCGGUGGGCGUGGCGCUGUGGGAUCUUGGGCGCGCGUACGGGGACCUUGGCGACAAUGCCAAGAGGCUUGAGGUGGUGGAGCGGGCGCUCCCGAUCUACGAGCGCGAGUACGGUAAAGAUAGUACGAACGUGGCCGGAUUGUUGAAUAACCUCGGGGGCGCGUACGGCCAAUUAGGCGACUACGCCAAGCAGCGCGACGUGUUGGAGCGCGCGCUCGCGAUCGAGGAGGCGUACGGCCGCGACCACGCGAAUGUGGCCACCACGCUGACGAACCUCGGGAACGCGUACGGAUCCUUAGGCGACCACGCGAAGAAGCGAGACAUGCUGGAGCGCGCGCUCGCGAUCAAUGAGCGCGAUGGCAAGGACAGCACGCGAGUGGCCGCCGUGCUGUCGAACCUCGGGAGCGCGUACGGCAGCUUAGGCGACCACGCGAAGGAGCGAGACAUGCUGGAGCGCGCGCUCGCGAUCAACGAGCGGGCGUACGGCCGCGACCACCCGGAAGUGGCCAUCACGCUGACGAACCUCGGGAACGCGUACGGAAGCUUAGGCGACCACGCGAAGAAGCGAGACAUGCUGGAGCGCGCGCUCGCGAUCAAGGAGCGAGCAUACGGUCGCGACCACCCGAAUGUGGCCAUCACGCUGACGAACCUCGGGAAAGCGUACGGAAGCUUAGGCGACCACGCGAAGACGCGAGACAUGCUGGAGCGCGCGCUCGCGAUCAAGGAGCGAGCAUACGGCCGCGACCACCCGAACGUGGCCAUCACGCUGACGAACCUCGGGGCCGCGUACGGUAAAUUAGGCGACCACGCGAAGAAGCGAGACAUGCUGGAGCGCGCGCUUGCGAUCAAGGAGCGGGCGUACGGGCCCGAUCAUGUGGAGGUAGGUACUACGCUUUGGAACCUCGCCAUGGUGCACGAGAACCUCGGCGACACUGUCAAGCAACGCGAGAUCUUAGAGCGUGCACUCGUGAUCAACGAAAGUGCCUACGGCCCGGACCAUUCGGAGACUGUCGAUUGCCGGGAAGAGCUUGAAAAUGUGAGCGCCCUCAUAAACUCCCCGCUGCAUCUUUCGGCAAAGAGAGGCGACGUCGACGCGAUAACGCGGCUCCUGGACGACGGCGCGGAAGUCAAUAGGGUGCUUCCUGACGGCACAACGCCACUCUUCGUCGCGUGCGAUGCAGGUCACGUGGACGUGGCGCGACUAUUGCUGGACCGCGGCGCCGACGUUCACAGGAGCGACUCGGACGACACAACGCCACUUCACGCGGCCUGCUAUGAGGGGCACAUCGAGAUAGCCCGCCUUUUGCUAGAUAGCGGUGCAACGGCUGACCUGGACCGCGAGAACGACGACGGCGACACGCCGAUGAGUGCAGCAACCAACGAGGGCCACUCGGCCAUCGUCGAUCUUCUAGAAACAUACGCCUCGGGUAGUUAGCAUAACCACUUUAAGAAUCCAC